AUGUCAAGCUUAAGCAUUUCUGACUUUGAAAUUCUAGAUGUAAUCAGCACUAAAGGCAAAAAAAAUAACAUUCGAAUCUAUAAGGCUAGGCAAAAGGGAAGAAAUUCUUCAGAUAUCUGUCUGAAGACAUUUACAUCCCCUAAGUUUGCCCUAGUUCAAGAAGCUUUGAAUGAAGCCAAGCUACUAUUAAGUGCGAGUGCCCAGCAUCAGAACAUCUGUCAGAUGCAAGAUUGUUUCAUCGAGCAUGAGCAAGACUUUUUCAGAUUUGGUAUUCUCAAUAAAUUAUUUUUUGCAUAUUUUGAUUAUUUUAAAUGCAGAAAAAUAAUAUAAAUUUCGAAAUGCCAAUUAAUUUAUUUAAUCAAAGGAAAAUAACCUAAGUCCUAUAUUGUAAUGGAAUAUUUCCCAGAUGGAGACCUCGAAGACGAAAUUAAAAGACGUAAGAGAAAAAAGAUGCACUGAUCAAACGACGAAUUUUACAAUAUUUCAGACGGUUUGAUCGAUGCUCUAAGUGUCUUACAGUCUAAUCAGAUUUGCCACAGAGAUCUCAAACCACAAAACAUCUUCAUGAGCAGUAACACUGAUUUCAAAAUUGGAGAUUUUGGGUUGUCAAAAAAAGAUUCAUUUUCUGGCAGUUGUACGAGAACUCUAGUAGGGACCCCAAUCUACUUUUCUCCAAUCUGCGCUAAAUCUUUUCAAUCAAAAAUGAGCAUUUGUUUAAUCUAUCUGGGGAAUAAAUUAAAAUUUUUAUACAUGAAUUCUAUUUUUUUAUUUCCAUUCGAUAAAUAUUUGAUUUUUUAUAAUUUAAUACUUUUAAUAAGCAAAAUUCUUAGAGCGUAAAUUCAUUUAAAAUAACCUGAAAAUAUUCAGAGCAUUUGGAUUAAAAAAGCUAAAUUAUGAAAGUAACGCCAUGAUUUAAUUUUAAUUAAGAAGGAGUAAAAGCUAUAUUGAUUUCCAAAUGAACGGUAAUGAAACUAGCGUUCAUUGCAACAUGUUUAAAAAUGAUGUUUUUUCUCUAGGAUUGACUUUCUUGAGAAUGGCAUCUCUAAAAAGCAUUCGCGGACUCAAUACUAAGUCCCAAGAAAUAAUAACCCAAAGGAUUGAUAACCUAAAUUACAGUGAAGCAAUCCGCGGGAUGCUAUUUCAUAUGCUUCAAGUAAAAGAAUGUGAUAGACCAGAUUUUUUACACCUAAAAUCAAUAAUGAGAGAGCUGAGUAAUCCAAUUUUAACUAUUCAGCCGAUCGAAAACGUAGAAACACAAGAUGAAGAAGAAGAAAGAGAAGAAAAUAAUGUUCAAAUCAACGAAAUUACAGUUAAAAACUGUCCUAAAGUUGAUAUAGAAAUUAUUGAAGAAUAUAAAAAAAUAAAUAAAGAAGAAUCUGACUUGUGGGAAAUGGAAACCGAAGUCAGCGAAAGCGAUAUUACAGAACUGGAAGAAGAGGAUAAAGAAAACGAUUUUGUAGAUGAUGAUUGUGAAGAAGGAGAAAAUAAGCAUGAAGAUUUUAAGGAUUCGGUGGUAAUGGAUUCGCAAGUUAAGCUAGUAAUUCUGAGUAAGCGAGGAAAGGUAGAACUGAUGGGAAAGGGCUGCAAGUUUGGAGGCCUGGAUGUAAAUGGAGGAUCUAACUCUUCUUGGAAAAUUAAAGCCUCUAAAAAAUAUUUUAAUAUAUUUAUUUAUAUAAAAUUUAAUUUUACGCUAUUUCAGCGCUGGUUUUCUUCAUUUCUCUCUUUAGCUCUUAUAAUUUCAUAAAUAAAAUUCUUUAUCAAAUUGUCAAUCUCCUCUUUCUUUUCACUUGAAUCUUCAUCCAAUCUGCAAAUCUCUAAAAUAAUUUUAUAUAAAAUAUUUUUAUAUGUAGUUAAUAAUUUUUAUAAAGAUAUUUCGAGGAAAUUUUAUAAAUUUAAUAGUAAUAGAAAUUUUUAUAAAAAAAUUAACAACACUUUAAGGGCAAGCUAAAAAAACAUUGCACUCUCUUAAAUGGGGAGAGUAAGAGGGGAUCGAAAAAUACGAAAAACAUAAGUUUCCUGGAGACAGUUCCGGCAGAUAUAACUUUAUAG